AUGGCGACAAUCCAGAGGGUUAGGAAGAGCAGCUGGCAAAAGCAAGAGGAGCUGGAAACCCUGAAAGGUGCCCACAGGUUCAGAAGGAUAGUACCUGGCAAACUCCUGCCUCAGUUAAUUCUCUUGCUCCCUGCUCUCCCUGUACAGGUUCCCGCCAAAGACAUGAAGAAGGAUUCCAAGGUGAACCAGUAUGUGGUCGUCCAGGCCAGCUGUCCUCAGUUCCAGCUGGAGAAAGUGGUUCUGGUUUCCUUCCAGAGCGGCUACAUCUUCAUCCAAACAGAUAAGACCAUCUACACCCCUGGAAGUGCAGUGCUCUAUCGAAUCUUCCCUGUCGGUUCCCGCCUGGAGCCCGUGAAGGAUCAAAUUGUGAACAUCAAGUUUCAGACACCAGAAGGAAUUGUGGUUCACUAUGACUCCGUUUCAACGAACAAAAAGAAAUUGGAAUCCACCGUUGCCUCUGCUUUAAUAACCCCCCAGCCAUUCAACAUACCUGAGAUUGUGAGCUUAGGAACAUGGACAGUGACAGCCAAGUAUGGGGACUCCCCCCAGCAUACUUUCUCCACAAAUUUUGAAGUCAAGGAAUAUGUGCUACCAAGCUUUGAAGUCAUUUUGACGCCAAGCGAAAAGUUUUAUAACGUUGAUAGUGACAAGGACUUCAGAGUGUCUAUCAGUGCAAGUUUCCACUAUGGGAAGAGAGUGAGAGGUGUGGCCUUGGUCCUCUUUGGAGUGCUGGAAGAUGGCAAGAAGCUAAGCAUCCCCAAUUCCCUCGACAGAAUCCCGGUUAUCGAUGGGGAAGGGGAACGAGAAGCUGUGCUAACAAAACGCCUGCUGCAAAAACAAUUUGCCACACCCAGGGAUCUCGUUGGGCAUUUCAUCUACGUCUCUGUGACUGUGAUGACGGAAGCAGGCAAUGACAUGGUGUUAGCUGAACUGAGUGGCAUUAAGAUUGUGACGUCUCCCUAUGAAAUCCACUUCACAAAAACCCCCAAGUACUUCAAGCCAGGGAUGCCAUAUGUACUGACGGUUUUUGUCACCAACCCUGAUGGCUCCCCAGCUUCGAAUAUCCCUGUGGCAUUGGAGCCCAUGGCAGCUCAGGCAGUUACCCAGAACAAUGGAAUGGCCAAACUUAUCUUGAACGCACCAGUGGACGAACAACAGCUAAGAAUUACUGUCAAAACCAGACAUGAGAAACUCCAGGAGAAUGCACAAGCUAGCAAUACCAUAUUGGCCAAUGCCUACCAGACCCACAGACAGUCUGGGAACUAUCUCCAUUUGGCAGUCGCAGCAGGGGAGCUGAAGGCUGGUGAUACCUUGCCCAUCAAUUUCAUUGUGAAGACCCGUAGCCUGCCUGCGAUGGACCAGAUCCCUUAUUUCACCUACAUAAUCAUGACCAAAGGCAAGAUCUUCAAGACCGGGAGGCAACUCAAGGCCCCAGGGCAGAAUCCGGUGACAAUGUCUCUGCCCAUCACCCCAGAUCUCAUCCCUUCUUUCCGAAUUGUGGCUUACUUUCAAAUUGGAAACAAUGAAAUCGUGGCCGAUUCUGUCUGGGUGGAUGUGAAAGAUACCUGCAUGGGAACGCUGGUGGUAAAAGGUGCGACUAAGGCAGACGACAAAAUUCACAGCCCUUCAAAGAGCAUGAAGAUCAAGUUGGAAGGUGACAGGGAUGCUUAUGUUGGCCUGGUGGCUGUUGACAAAGGCGUCUACGCCCUCAACAAGAAGUACAAGCUGACCCAGGCCAAGAUCUGGGACACCGUGGAGAAGAGCGACAUCGGGUGCACAGUGGGCAGUGGCCGCAACAACGUGGGAGUGUUUGCAGAUGCCGGACUGGCCCUGGAAACCAGCAACAGGAUCUCCACACCCCAAAGAACAGAUCCAAAGUGCCAGCAGCCAGCAAGACGCCGACGCCGCUCUUUGCAGCUUCUGGACUCCAAGGCCAGCAAAGUGGCCCAGUAUCAGGACCGGCUGCUGAGGAAGUGCUGCGAGGACGGGAUGCAGGACAACCCCAUGGGCCACAGCUGUGAGAGGCGGGCGGAAUACAUCCUGGAGCAAAACGAGUGCAAAGCUGCCUUCCUGGAGUGCUGCCAAUACAUCAGGAGCCUCCGCGACGAGAAUGCCCGGGAGGAAGAGCUAAUCCUGGCAAGAAAUGACAUCGAUGACAGUUUCUUAGACGAUGACGCUUUUGCCUCCAGAACCGAGUUUCCUGAGAGCUGGUUGUGGGAAGUGAAACAUCUGGAUGAACCUCUCAAUGACCAGGGGAUCUCAUCCAAGACAGUUCUCAUUUACCUGAAGGAUUCCAUCACGACCUGGGAAGUGCUGGCGGUGAGCGUUUCGGAUACGAAAGGGGUCUGUGUGGCCGACCCUUAUGAGAUCACGGUGAUGAAGGACUUCUUCAUUGACCUGCGGGUGCCUUACUCGGUCGUGAGAAACGAGCAGGUGGAGAUUCGGGCUGUUCUCUACAACUAUCUGGAGGGUGACAUCACGGUGCGGUUAGAGCUAGUCCACAACCCGGCCUUCUGCAGCGCUUCCACCGCCAAGCGAAGAUACAGGCAGGUUUUCACCAUCAGGGGCCUCUCCUCCAAGGCCGUGCCGUUUGUGAUUGUCCCUCUCCAGCUGGGACUCCACGACAUCGAGGUCAAAGCAGCAGUCUGGGGACUGUCUGUGUCCGAUGGUGUCAAGAAGAAGCUGAAAGUCGUGCCCGAAGGAAUGCAGAAAAACAUUACGACGGUCUUUGUGCUGGAUCCUGUUGCAAAAGGAAUCAAUGGAGUCCAGGAGCUGAAAGUCAUCGCCAAAAAUAUUGACGACAAAGUUCCCGACUCAGAAAGCGUGACCCAACUUAUCCUCCAAGGGAACCCUGUGGCCCAGAUUGUCGAAGACUCCAUCGAUGGGUCCAACCUGAACCAUCUCAUCGUCACGCCUUCCGGCUGCGGGGAGCAGAACAUGAUCACCAUGACUCCGACAGUGAUCGCCACCCACUACCUUGACGCCACCGGGCAGUGGGAGAAGGUUGGGCUGGAGCGCCGAUCUGUUGCUGUCCAGCAGGUCAUGCAAGGUUAUAUACAGCAGCUGGCAUACAAGAAAUCAGACAACUCCUACGCUGCUUUUACCGAUCGCCCAUCUAGCACUUGGCUGACGGCAUAUGUCGCCAAGGUCUUUGCCAUGGCUCAUCCCAUUGAGUCCCACAUUGAUAAGAACAUCAUCUGCAGAGCUGUGAAAUGGCUGAUCCUGGAAAAGCAAAAUCCAGACGGAGUGUUCCAAGAAGAUGCCCCUGUGAUCCACGGAGAGAUGCUGGGAGGCUAUCAUGGUGCGGAACCAGAGGUGUCAUUAACAGCCUUCGUCCUGAUCGCCCUGCUGGAGUCCAGAACAGUCUGUGGAGCACAAAUCGACAGCUUAAACAACAGCAUUGCCAAAGCUGCUGAGUUUCUGGCCAAAAAGUACAGGUCGCUGCAAAGGCCUUACACCGUGGCCCUGACCUCGUAUGCGUUAGUCCUCGCAGGGGAGUUGGACCAUGACAGGAUACUGAUGGGAGCCUCAACAGGUGGAGACCGGUGGGAAGAAGCCAACUCUCACAGCUACAACAUCGAAGGCACCUCCUACGCUCUUCUGGCCCUGCUGAAGCUGAGGAAGUUUGAUGAGGCUGGUCCCGUCGUAAGAUGGCUGACCCAGCAGAAAUAUUACGGGGGGACCUACGGCCACACUCAGUCAACUAUCAUGGUGUUCCAGGCUCUUGCCCAGUACCAGACAGACAUCCCGCUCCAAAAGGACAUGGAUUUGGGCGUUUCUCUUCUGUUGCCAAGACGGUCUGCUCCAGUUGAGUAUAGAAUCAACUUUGAAAAUGCCCUCCACGCUAAAUCAGAAGAGACCAAGAUCAACGAAGACUUCACCGUGAAAGUGACGGGCCCCGGCCAGGCCACCCUGACUGUAGUGACCAUGUACAAUGCAAAAGUCCGCGAAGAGGCUGUCCCCUGCAGGAAUUUUGAUCUGAAUGUGACUGUCACACCCUUCCAGCUCCGCAACGCACAAGAUGGAGUCCUUGGAGCCGUCAAGAUCCAAAUCUGCACCAGGUAUCUCCGUAGUACUGAUGCCACCAUGACCAUCAUCGAUGUCUCCAUGCUCACCGGUUAUAGCCCUGCCAUUGAAGAUCUUAAGAAGCUUUCAGAAGGGGUGGACAGAUACAUCUCCAAGUAUGAGAUCGACACCGUCAAGUCGGAGAGGGGGAACCUCAUCAUCUAUUUGGACAAGGUUUCCCAUUUGGAAGAUGAGUGUCUGGAAUUCAAAGCUUACAAGUAUUUUGAGGCUGGUCUCAUUCAGCCGGGAUCCGUCACGGUGUACAGCUACUAUUCCCUAGAUGACCGCUGUACCAAAUUCUACCACCCAUCCCAGGGAAGUGAGCAUCUCAAGAAGAUCUGCCACGGUGACGUUUGUCAGUGUGCGGAAGAAAACUGCUUCUUGCACCAAGGAGACGAACCCGUCGACUUGCAGACGCGAGUUCUGGAUGCCUGCAAGCCAGAAGUAGACUAUGGUAACUGCAGUUGGAUCACUGGGUUGCGUAAAUGUGGGAAGGGGUUGCGUUGUGUUCAGUCACCUCCCUGGAAAGAUGAAUGGUUAACACCUUAG